UCCUCUAAAUAGAUGACUUCCAGAAUGUACCAAAGGAGUUUCUGGGACCAAAAGUCUAAUGCCUUGGCCCUCACGAGAGUCGGGGCAGAGUUUACAGCAAGGAGGAAGAGUGCAAUCCUAUCUGAAAGCAAAGAUGGAAAAUUGUGGGACCUUUACUCAUAGGUACAGGCAGAAUUUGAUUAAUAGGGCCCUCUCCUUUUAGUCUCUCUAAUCCCCUAAUCUCUGUUUUGUGUUUCCUCACGCUCUCUUUUUCCUUACCGUGUUGUUGUUGCUACUGUGGCUGCUGCUGCUGCUGCUUCCUCCCUCCCUCCAUCAGAUUGCUCCCUGGCCUCCUGGAGGCAGGAGAGAUGAAAGGGAACAGGAACUGGCAGGGAAGGUUAAAAUGCAAAAAGGCUCCUGAAGGAAAUGUAGGAUGUCUAUUAUAUUCUGAGUGCUCUGAUGUAUCCGUUUCCGAAGACUGGUUGGCUCUUGAUUUGAUCAGAUUUUGAGCUCUAUUUAUAUUUGCAUUUUAGUCUUUUAGGGGCACAUGUCUAGCCUAGCAUUUGCUGGAUUAUGAGCUCCCUCAGAACAGGCCUGAAUCUUCAGAGAAUCUUAGAGUUAGUAGAGCAGGUUACAAGCCUCAGAAACCAUACCAGAAAGAUAGUAAUCACCACUUUUCUUAUAAAGCUAUCUUCAAGAGGGGAGAUUUUCCAGCUUCCCUCAUUAAGGUAGUCCCAUAUGUCAAAGUUUCAAUGCAACACCUAGUUCCAAACUAGAGAGUUUUCAAUAAAUAGUGAUCGAUUGUCUAAAAAACUGCAAUGCCCUCCUCCCCAUAAAGAAAAAAAAAGGCUAAAACUUUAAUCAAGGCCAGAAAAGACACUUUUCUAGUUAACAUGAAACAGAAGCGAGCUCAGCGAAUGGUGGGAUUGAAACAGUAUUGUGAUUCAUUGUUCAGGAUAGAGGGCACCAGAGAAACAGCAGGAGUGGAAGAUUUCAUUGCCCAGUUGUCAAUGUUGAGGACAAGGGAAGAGGAGGUUGGAUGUAUUGCACAGACUCUCGGGGAACUGAUCAUACUAGGCAAGAAAAAACGAAGACGUUAGUGAGGAGUUUUGAGGCAACAGCAGUUGGAACAGAGACCAGCAGCAAAGUCCUGGGUGAUGAAUUCCACAGUGAACUGCAGCUUUGCAGCUCCCAGUAUCACUUCAGAAAUUAUUUACAUAAGCCUCCUUUUGAUUUUUGGCAUCCUAUUGAAUGCUGUCGCCCUGUGGGUCUUCUGCUACAAAAUGAAACGUUGGACAGAAACAGGCGUCUACAUGGCCAACUUGGCCAUGGCUGAUCUCUGUCUUCUAUUUGCAUUGCCUUUUGUGAUCUGGACUCUGAAGAUGAAAGAUUCUCAAGACACCCUUCUCUGCAGGAUCUCUCAGAGCAUUUAUCUCAUGAACAGACAUAUGAGCAUUUACACCGUCACCCUGAUUGCCCUUGAUCGCUACAUUUCAGUCAAAUAUCCGCUGAAAUCAAGGAUUCUUAGAUCUCCCAAGAAAGCAGCUUUGGCUUGUGCACUUCUCUGGAUCUUUGUCAUCAGUCUUGUAUCUAUUCUGUACACUGUACCUUUCCAAGAGGGAAACUUCUGUUUUGGAUCCAAGGCCAGAAACCCAAACAUCAUCGUAUUUUCUCUGCUUGGAUUUUUCAUCUCACUAGUCAUUUUGACCUUUUGCUCAAGCCAAGUCAUCAUGAGCCUAAUCAAGAAAAAGAAGACAGAUCCCUAUGAAGAACAGUUGAUCAAGAAAGCAGUCUACAUGGUUUCGGCAAAUCUGAUUGUCUUUGUAAUCUGCUUUCUACCUCUGCACAUUGCACUGUUGAUUAGAUAUGUGAUUGAACUAAAAAGUUGUUCUGCCCUGGAAAGAAUUUUAAUGUUUAUCCUGAUAUCCUCACGUUUAUCCAAUGCCAACUGCUGCUUGGAUGCUAUUUGCUACUACUUUGUGGCCAAGGAAUUUCAGCAAGCUUCAGAUUUAUCCAUGCCCACAGUUACAAAGUCCAAAUCAAACAGAAGUCAAAACUCCCAAGGUGAAAUUUUAUCUUAAUAGAAGCAGAAACAGCUUCUACCUUGAAAACUUCCCCAGUUCUGGGUUUCAGGAAUGGCCUUAGACAAACACCAUGUGCUCAGAAGAGCCCGCUUCUACUCUGCCAUCUAAUAAUGGGUUGGGUUUUUGGAAAUUGAAUAGAUAUGGUCAGCGGAGAACUAAAGAGGUAGAUUUUGUGCCUUUGGUGUCUCAAUAUUGCCCACUCCUGAAAGACCAACUGGAUAGUGAUUUGGAAAGCCCAACAUGGAUUGGGUCUCAUUCAGUCAUAUUUAUUGAGUGCUUGCUGUGUGCAGAGCACUCAGCAUGGCGUAGUGGAUAGAACACUGGC